AUGGAAUCUGGUCCAGUGCUGUCCACAGACAUUUCACACCUCAACACCACCAGUACAUAUGAAAGGAACAACAACUGGAGUGAUCGUUAUGAAGAGGACAAGAGCAACCACACUCUGUCCCACUAUGACCACUUCAGCAUCAUGCUGGGAGUCUUCCUGGGACUUCUUUCCCUCCUCACUGUCAUCAUGAACCUCCUGGUUCUCUAUGCUGUCAAGAGGGAGAAGAGCCUCCACACUGUGGGGAACCUCUACAUUGUGAGCCUGUCUGUGGCUGAUCUGAUCGUAGGGACCACAGUGAUGCCUCUGAACCUGGUGUAUCUGCUGGCGGAUGAGUGGAAACUGGGCCGAGCUGUUUGCCAGUUGUGGCUCAUCACAGACUAUGUGGCUAGCACAGCGUCCAUUUUUAGUGUGUUUAUCCUGUGUUUGGAUCGGUACCGGUCUGUCAGACAGCCGCUGAAGUACCUGAAGUACCGAACACGUGGAAGGGCCAGUGUGAUGAUUUGUGGAGCCUGGCUGCUCUCUAUGAUGUGGAUUAUUCCUAUUUUAGGAUGGAGGUCUUUCACUCAUGUGGACCUGAAACCUGAGGCAGAGAACAAGUGUGAUACAGAUUUCCGCUUUGUCACGUGGUUUAAGGUGAUUACUGCUGUGUUCAACUUCUACGUACCAUCUGUUUUGAUGUUGUGGUUUUACAUGCACAUCUUCUUGGCAGUCAGGCAACAUCUCAGGGACAGAGAGAGAAUCAUCCAUCCACUGGAUUCAUCUGGGGAAAACGAGUAUGGACAAAAUGUUCAGACGCCUGAAAAAAAUGAUUACAAAUCAUCCAAGGGGGACAGUAAAGUAAUAGCGGAAUAUUCUAAAAAAGACCGCCUGCUGGAUCAGAACACUCUUGAUCAGACAUAUUCUCUUAAAGAUGCAGAUGAAGGCCAAAAGGAUACAUCCAGAUCUCAAAUAAAAAGUGGUGCAAAGGGCCAGGAGACAUCACUGCUUGCCAUGACAACAAAACGAUUCAGAACGUCACGAAAAACCAAGAGGUGCUCUCUGUCUCCUCAGGAGAAGCAGCCUGCACCUGAGAUUCCCCUGAGUCGGUCGUCUGUGCCACAUGAGUUAAUCUGCUCAGAGGAGAACAACGAGCAAAAACCUCAUACAUCUAUAAAUGAGUGCCACGUCACAAUACCAAACUCAGUGGACGGAGUCUGCGAUGUAGGCCAGGUAUCAGACGUGCAGACGUACACCACUGUUCUGUGCAACAAUGACCUCAGCCACCCUCUUCCCUGGAUUGAGGAUAUGGUUGAAGACAGUGGGUUGGACCCAGACAAUGCAGCAACUCUGAAACAGACGUGGCAGAAGUUUAUUGACCAAUCACGGCAGCGCAUCCAAAGCCUGAGGAUCCACAAGGAGCACAAGGCAGCCAAGCAGCUAGGCCUCAUCAUCGCUGCGUUCCUAGUGUGCUGGAUACCUUACUUCAUAGCUUUCAUGGUCAUGGCAUUCUGUAGGCUGUGCGUCCACCAUGACCUUCACAUGUUCACGAUAUGGCUGGGGUACAUCAACUCCACCCUUAAUCCAUUUAUAUACCCUCUCUGUAAUGGAAACUUUAAACGGGUGUUCAGAAGUAUUCUGCACCUACCCACUCGAUUAUGACAAAUUUUCUGUUAAAUAAAACUUUGUUCUCUGACUUUGUGGCCAUGAGAAAUCGCAGUAAAUCUUGAUUAUUAUGAACUACUGGAGCAUACGCAGAACAAAAUUCUAUGAAUAGUGCUGACAUUUACUCAUUCCCCAUUAA